GAGGGGAGGGGGGCGAGGAACCGCGCGGAGGCCGGGGAGGAGCCGGGGCCUGCAGCGGAGCGCAGCCGGAGCCCGAGCCGAGCCCGGGGACCGCGCGUAUGCUCGCCAGUUCCCCCGCUCCCGCGGAGUCCGAAUAGCGUGGCGCUCGGGGUGGCGGCGUGGGUAGCCCUGCGGGCCCCGGGGGACGAGGCGGCCAGGCUACCGCCGCUGCUCCCCCGCACCGAGCUUUAGUCCGAGCCCGGAGCCGCGGCCUCCCUGCCCGGCCAGCCGGGCAACCCCAGAAGAACGCCAAGAGCGGCGAGACGCCGCGCCCGGGGCGCCCGGCCUGCCUCCGCUGGACGGGAGACCCCUAGAGCCCGGGCCGUGCCCCGGGGGAGCGCGUCCCACCCCAGGAAGCAGAGGCACCCUCUUUCCUAGCCUCCUGCGUAGACACACUCACUUCUUAGUUCCAGACUUUCGGGGCAAAGGGGGAAAGGAGAAAGGCGUCCUGCGUCCUCCCCCCCUCGUGCCCGCCCUCCUUUGGCGAGAGCCGAGAAGAGUGCUGGAUUCCGAGCCUGAGAGGACACGCCGGGGCAGUGCGAAAUCCAGAUUCUUCCCAGACUCAGGAAAGGGAAACAACCUCCCCACCCCAACUCUCCGGGCUUCCUCCUAGAACCUAGAAAGUGGAACGGGGCAGUGCCUCUCCCCUUAGUUCUCCAGCUGGCAGAAGAAGUCCCUCACCCCUGAAGGAGCCAGUUUUGAGGGGAGGGGGACUCUCCCAAAGGGGAGGAGACAACCCCAAGUUGGGUGAGGCUCCUCCCCUUCUCCCCAGGACAACUGACAAGGCGUGGGGGCUCUGCCACCUCCCGCAGGUAGGACCUCCUUCUCCUCCUGCUCCUUCCUCUUCUGGAGGGACUCACCUUCCCACUCCAGCUUGGGGAACUCGGCAAAGCUCACGGAGCGCUACUGAGGAUGGGGUCCUUGGCCUACCCCUAAAGAGAGAUAUCCCCUCAGCCCCAAACACCAGUGCCAGGUGGUUCCCUUCCUUUGCCUGGAGAACCUCUGAGGCAGAACCUGGCAGCACCAUGGCUUCUGACCUGGAGAGCAGCCUCACCUCCAUAGACUGGCUUCCCCAGCUGACGCUUCGGGCCACCAUCGAGAAGCUGGGGGGAUCCUCCCAAGGGGGGCCUCCCGGGGGGAGCCGCAAGUGCCCGCCCGGCUCCCCCACAGAUCCCAACGCCACCCUGAGCAAGGAUGAGGCGGCCGUCCACCAGGACGGCAAGCCUCGAUACAGCUAUGCCACGCUCAUCACCUAUGCCAUCAACUCCUCCCCGGCCAAGAAGAUGACCCUCAGUGAGAUUUACCGCUGGAUCUGCGACAACUUCCCCUACUACAAGAAUGCUGGCAUCGGCUGGAAGAACUCAAUUCGUCACAACCUUUCUCUCAAUAAAUGUUUCCGGAAGGUGCCGAGACCUCGGGAUGACCCUGGGAAGGGCUCUUAUUGGACAAUCGACACCUGUCCUGACAUCUCUCGAAAGAGGCGGCAUCCUCCAGAUGAUGAACUGUCCCAGGACUCCCCAGAACAGGAAGCGAGUAAGAGCCCACGAGGAGGUGUCCCAGGGAGCGGAGAAGCCUCCCUGUCUCCUGAAGGAAAUAGUCAGAUGUCACUGCAGAGCACCACCCCUAUCACCAGUUUUAACCAGGGUUCGGGACCUGUGGAUGGUGCCGUGGUUGCAGCUGGUGGUCCAGGACGAGAUGGGGCCGAUGGGCCACCUCCAUUAUAUAGUACCAAUCACGACUUCAAAUUCUCCUACUCGGAGAUAAACUUUCAGGAUCUGAGCUGGUCCUUUCGAAACCUUUACAAGUCCAUGCUAGAGAAAUCUUCCUCUUCCUCUUCCCCACAUGGUUUCUCAUCUCUCCUGGGGGACAUGCAGCCUUCCAAUCACAACUACUACAUGUACCAGCAAGCGCCCCAGCAGCAGCAGCCCCCCCAGCAGUCUCAGCAGCAGCCACCAGCACAAGGCCCUUCCUCCGUAGGGGCGACCCCUUCACUGCAUACUCCCAGCCCCGAGGGCUGCCCCCCCCCAGGAGGGAAGCAGCCCGGGGCAGACAGCUACGGAACACCCUCUGUGAUGGCCAUGCACCCACCCCCACUGCAGCAUGUAGGCUACCAUCCCCAUCAGCAUCACCCCCACCCGCAUCCCCCCCAGCAGCCGCCGCCCCCCCAGCAGCAGACCCAGUCCCAGGCUUCCAUCAAUAGUACUGGUUUUGCAUUUCCUUCUGACUGGUGCUCCAACAUUGACUCCCUGAAAGAAAGCUUCAAGAUGGUUAAUCGGCUUAACUGGUCCAGCAUUGAGCAGUCCCAUUUUUCAGAACUAAUGGAGAGCCUCCGGCAGGCAGAAAGAAAGAACUGGAGCUUGGACCAGCACCACAUUGCCAAUCUCUGUGACUCCCUCAACCAAUUCCUUACCCAGACUGGCCAGCUGCCCCACCCAGGGGGUCCCCACCAGCCACCACCCCCUGCUAGAAUUGCUGACACCUGUGCCCUGACCAGCGGCAAGCAGGAGUCUGCAAUAAACCAAGUGAACUCUUAUGGGCACCCGCAAGCACCCCACAUCUACUCUGGCCCGUCUCCCAUGUACCCCAUCCCUACCCAGGACUCUCCAGGAUAUAACCGUCCAGCCCAUCAUCUGGUCCCCCGGCCACCCGUCCCACCUCCUGGUUCCAAUGAGGAGAUCCCGGAUGACUUCGACUGGGACUUGAUCACUUAGUGCAACACAGACUGAAGACCCCAGGGCUAGUGGUGGUGAACCCCUGGGAAAGGAUCUAGAAAUAACCCCAGCCCAGCUCCCCUUCCCCCAGUCUGUACAUAGAUAUAUAGAUAUAUAGAUAUAUAUCUAUUUCCUCUUUUUCUUUUUUUCUCUUUGCCAGAGAAGCCACUGCAAGAUGCUGCCGAAGAUAACCCUGCCUUCCCUGUCUUUCUCCCCAUUCUUUUAUUAUUAUUGUUAUUAUAUUAUUGUUAUUACUAAUAAUAUUAUUGAUUACUUUGCUGGCCCCAACCUCCAGCCCCUGGUGCCAUGGAUCAUUGUCAUCCCCAGGUUGGGCGGCAGGGCUGUAGUGCCCAGGGGUUCUACAGCAGGGAGAUUCAGUGCUAAUACCCCCUGUCGGCCCCUGUCCAACCUCAGUUCAGGGCUAGAGAGAGGAAGUGGAUGGGCCCAAGGGGCUGUGCUGGCACCACCGAUCCUGGCGGAGUCUAUGAGGUGCUGCUCUUUCCUCCCCCAUUCUGAACUUGCCCAGCACUGAUGCUCAGUGACCCCAGUGAGGACAUCCAGGGGUGUAAAAGGUGAGAUAGGUGGUGAUUGGUUCCUAGAAUCAGGGAGGCGGGGUUUCAGGAGAGAAGGAGGGUUCUUAUUGGGUAAGAGAAGUUCAGCGUGUUGGGAGACUCCUAGAGAGGUGGUGGGUAACCAACUGGGUUGCACUGCCUGGGGAAGUCAGCCAUUAUUGUGGCACCCAGCACACAACUCCAGGAAUUGGAAUUGAUUUUAACCAAGGAACCCAACCCCUGCACUUGUGGGGAGUGGAGAUCAUCAACCCUAACUCCAUUUGGGAGAUGGUUUCUGUGUUUGCCUUUUUUUUUUCCAUUUUAAAUCGCCUCUUUAAAUCCACAUCUCAUUUGUAUAUGCAAAUUGCAUCCCAGUAUAUCCACCAACCACCCAACAAUUUUAAUAUUUUUGUCCAGUGGUCGGUUUUUCAUUCUGGUCUUCCCUUUAGUCCAACUGUCCCUUUGAUCUUCCCAGAAGGGAGAAUAAGCAUCAGAGUGGAAGGUCUGGCAUCGGGGGUACCAGCGUGUGGGCUGAGAGGAGAGGAGGUGUCUUGGGAGGUACAAGUGGGGAAUUCCUGGACAUUUUUAUUGCAGAGGCAAAGGUUCAUCUCUAAAUCUAUAUUACUUGGUGUUGGAGGUUUUCCCAUGGCCUUUAGAAGAACAGGGAGACUUAAGAGAGGAAUACAGUGAAAGAGGCAGAAGAGAAUAAGCUCUGGUGAUAACUUGUCUCCCUUAACAAUUGCAAGUCAUACAUUGAUUAGCACAUGCUAGUCUGGGGAAAAGUUUAUGUUGAGUGUUUAAUUCUGGACUUUGGAGAGAACACAUUUAUACCUUUAUCCCUUAUAUUGUCACUUACAAAAAGUAGGAAUGGAUGGAAAUGGCAGGGACCCUUCUCCAAUUCCUGAAACUCCCAUGCGGGACCUUCCAUUCCCGUUCCAUUUGCAAGAUUUCCAAGACAUCUUUUCUCCUCUCUGCUUUUUUCCUUUCCUUAGAAAGGACUUCAGUUGGGUGUACAUUAUUACACAGCAGAAAUAAAAUGGGAUUGAGGUAUAAGGACAGGAAGAACUAGUCACUAUUUGUCAGAGGGAAAUGGAGUGGAGGAUGAAUCCACUGUGUGUGGUAAGGCAAUUAGUUAAGGUGCAGGUGGCAAAAUGUUUCUCAUUUUGGAGGGAGAACCUCUCCCACAAGUGGGGCAUAGUGGCUGUUCUUUUAAUCCUAUUUCAGGGAUUCAAGGAGGAAGGCCUCCUCUUCUAUGUAGUCAGCAUCUUCAACACCGAUCUCAGUGACUAUUGCUAGUCACAAGCCUCUCUCCCUCUAAAUCCCUUUCUCUUUUAGAUAAAUGCAGCAUAUUUAGGAGUGAACUUAUUUGCACAAGCAAAUAUGCCACUGACACAAAUCAUCUUUCAGGAAAUGGGCAUACUUCAAGAUUCUGAGCAGUCAGAGGGAGCAGGACCUAGUGAUCAGGACAGCCCCCUGGGUUCCCAGCUCUCUUCUGCCAACUUUAGCCCCAUUCUGUUGCAUAGGAAAAGUCUCUGUACCUCAAACCCUCCCCAGUGAAAUGGAGAACACCCUACUCCUUUGUUGGUUCAAAACUCCAGUGUGUGCUGAAGAAGACUGUUUGCUGAAUGUGAAAUGUAGUUGUCAUUGUAUUGGGUGAUGUGUGAUAGCAGGAGCUCACAAGUGGCAGAAAAGAUACGGAGGAGGGGGCAGGGGAGCAAGUACUUGGUGUAGAUCCACCCUUCCUUGCCUAUCUCUUUUUAACCCCCAUGUAUCUGGUUAGGUGAUUCCCUCAUGACACUCAUGAUGCUUUGCAUCAGUGUGGGCUGGGCAAGGGUGGGGGAGGAGUUUGGCCUCACAAUUUUUUUUUUUGCAUGCUUUCUUAAUAAAACAAACAAAAAAGAAUGUUGA